AGACCAGCUCCAGGUGCUGGGGCUUUCUCAGUGGCCUUGUCAGCUCACAGCAGACGUUCACGCCUCGAAUUGAGGAAACUGUGGCUGGACGGCUGUAAGGCAGUUCUGCUCCCCAUUGUCCUCUUGCUGACUGGGAGCUGCUGAGCCCGUGGACGGCAGAGUGUCUGGUGGGGUGGAGGGGCUGGCCUGGUCCCGCUGUCCUGUGGGGAUGUUGGGGCAAGUGGUCACCCUCACACUCCUCCUGCUCCUCAAGGGGUAUCAGGGCCAAGAAUGCCAAGUUCCACCUUACCAUAAGGUUGGCAUCUCAGGACAGCGUCUUCAGUUACAACCAAACAGUACACAGAUGAAGGUUGAAAAUGUUCAAUGGAAGAUGCGGCUGCCCUCACGUGAGGAAUUUAAUCAGAUAUUUAAGUGGGAGGAUGGCUCGACUUUCAAUGCUUCCAAUGAUAGAUUCCAUUUUGAAAUCGAGAGCCCGACUCUUCUCAUCAAGGCAGCUCAGCCACAGGACAGUGGCUUCUACUGCGUAGAGGCCACCUAUAUGAAUGGACAUGUUCAGAGAACCACGUUCCAGGUUUCUGUAUUUGAAUUCAGAUUUUGGCUUUUUUUGGUGAUCGCUGUGAUUCUAAGCACGCUAUUGCUUGGUACCCUUGCCUGCUUCUGUGUGUGGAGGAGAAAGACGAAGGGGAAGCCGUCAGAGACCAGUUCCAAGGAGUUUUUGACAAUUUAUGAAGAUGUCAAGGACCAGAAAACCAGGAGGAAUCAAGUGCAGGAUCAGACUUUUCUUGGAGAGGGAACCUCCAUCUACUCUAUGAUCCAGUCCCAGACUUCUACUUCCACAUCACAAGAACCUGCAUGUACAUUAUAUUCAUUAGUUCAGCCUUCCAGGAAGUCUGGAUCCAGGAAGAGGAGCCACAGCCCGUCCUUCAAUAGAACUGUGCGUGAAGAGAUUGGAGUGAGUCUACCUAAAGCUCGGAACCCUGCUCGAUUGAGCCGCAAAGAGCUGGAGAACUUUGACGUGUAUGCCUAGUUGCUGUGGCUAUUCUCACUUUUCUCAGCAUCUGCUUUGGGAAUUGGCACAGUGGAUGAUGGCACAGGAGUCUCUAUAGAACAGUUCCUAGGUUCCUAGUCUGGAGAGGAUAUGGAAAUUUGUUCUCAUUCUAUAUUUUGUUUUGAAAAUGAUGUCUAACAGCCAUUCUAAGAAUACCUUCCAAUAUACAGAUCAGACAUGAAUGGUGGAGGGGUUAGGUUGUUCACAAAAGGCCACAUUCCAAGUAUUUGUAGUCUAGGAAGUGCUAUGUAAGUGGUGUUAUUGGCAUUGAGAGUCCCUCCACCUGAUUUUCAGGCUGUUCCUUGUCUUCUUUUCUCCCCAAUCUGGAUUGACUGCAUUUCUAGACUUUCCCCAGGCCCAGGCCCAUCUUCCAAAGCAAGAGGAAGGUAAAAGAUAAUGGUGACUCUGCGGGAGAGGAAACAGCCCUCCUCUGACAGCCCGGACUGUCUGGCUGUAAGCUGGCUGGCAGGUUCUGCCUGGGGGCCAGGGCCUGGGCUUUACUCAGUUGCAGAGAAAAACCUUUCCCCGUGCAUCUCACACCUUUACUUCUGGCCAGCUGGAGUGGGCAGAAGGGGGUGAUGGUGCAAAGCAAGCCCAUCUCUGAGUAGAGAAAUCACCCAGAGCACAUGCGGACCUGGUAACGGUACUGAAACUAGCUUUGUCCAUGGUAUGAUGUUUGAUUUACAAAGACGCAUUGUUAGAAAUCUAUUUUGGCUUCUUCAUAGAAGUGGCUUCCCAGAGGAAGACUCCUCUCAGAACAUAUGUUCUAUUUAAGCUCUGAGUCCUCAUGAGUAGCAGCCCUCAGCAGGGCUUGUUUCUGCUCCUGGGGAGAUACACAGGUCCCAGCAUGCAAGUGAGUGGGAGGGAACAUGGAGAACGCAGCAAAGAGGAGAUAGAAAGAGCACUGGAGGAGUCGGGAGGAACAGCUCGGAGCCUUAUAGCUGACGAGCCUUCUGUAAGAGUUGCGUGAAUGAGUGAAUGACACAGAGGGGAGUGUUAACUACUUUGCUUGGUCUGUGAGCAUGGGUCAGUU